UGUUAACAUGCCUUCCCAACCCAGUUGGCUAUUCGGCAACUUCCAGAUCGACGAAGCUGUACUCCGAAAAAUCUAUAUUUUCCAUUUCGAGCAACUGCAUCCGAAGAAAAUGAGUCUGGACUACAAGAGCUUGGUGCUGAACUGCCUGGUGAACUUCUUCCACUCGAUCUGCUUCUAUGCACUGUGGCAGGAGCGGGACACGAUCUACCAGAUGGAGUGGUCCUGCGAGAAGAUCUUAUUGGUGGGUAGCUUCGCGGCGGCACUGACCAUGAUACUGGCCCUGGUAUUCUACUACUCCUGGAUGAUCAUGGUUAUGAUUUGGCGGCAGUAUUGCGUAUAUCUUCGCCGCUCGAAACGCAUGAGAUUCCUGUUUAAAAAGUACAGAGGUCAGCAGGUGGGGGAGUUGAAGUAGUGACCUGAUCAAUCCUCGAAUUCCUUGCUGAAAAUAUAUCAGUAUGGCACGAAACGGGCGAUGGUGGAGCGGCGAUAGUGCACACAAUGAGUGUGCACACAAUGACGAGCAUAUACCCUACAUUUUACAACAAAUCCGUAAAUAAUUAUACUCUCAAAUUGCGUA